AUAUAUAUUUUUAUGUUUUAUUUUAUUGACUUGUGAUUAUUAGAAGUGGGAAAUGUUGAAUGUGUAUUAUAAUAACAUCAUUUAACAAAUAAUUCGUCGAAUAAAGAAACAUAGAACAUUGUGGUAAUCAAAAAAGGAUAGAAAUAUUUUGUUCUCAUGAAUUUGAUAAGAUAAACGCGUAAGUUUUUAUAUCAAAUAAAAGAUUCAGAGAUGAGUUAUAUAAAAAGCAUGAGUUUAUAUACAUCUCUUACAAUGAGUCACAAUUUCUUCUUAUCUUCUAAAAGCUUAUUUAUUAAAAACAUGCAUAGACAAGUUCAUCAUUCUUGCAAAAUAUUGGUAGUUGGUGGUGGUACUGGUGGUUGUACUAUGGCAGCAAAAUUUGCAAGAAAGUUAAAAGGAUCGUCUGAUCAAAUUAUAAUAGUUGAACCAAAAGAAGUUCAUUAUUAUCAACCACUUUUUACUUUAGUCGGUGGUGGCAUUGGCUCAUACAAUUAUUCAAAAAAGCCAAUGAAGAGUGUACUUCCACAAAAUGCAAAGUGGAUAAAAGAUAGUGUACUUGAUUUUGAUCCUGAAAAUAGUCAGAUUACUACAAAUAAUGGUGAUAUAGUGCAAUAUGAUAUUUUAAUUGUUGCAUUAGGGCUACAAAUUAAUUGGGAUCAAUUACCUGGUUUAAAAGAUGGCCUUCAAAAUGUAGAAUCACAAGUUUGUUCUAUUUAUGGAUCUGACACUGUACCAUAUGUAUUUAAUAAAAUUAAAAAGACUAAGGAUGGUACAGCUAUAUUUACAUUUCCAAAUACUCCUGUCAAAUGUCCAGGUGCACCACAAAAAAUUGCUUAUCUCGCUGAAGACUAUUUUCGAAAAACGAAUGUACGUGACAACAUAGAAGUGGUUUAUAAUACAUCCUUACCUGUCAUUUUUGGUGUUAAAAAAUAUGCAGAUGCUCUUUGGCAUGUAUGCAAUAACAGAAACAUUAUUGUUAAUACAAGAACAAAUCUUGUAAAAAUAGAUGUAGGUAAGCAGGAAGCAACAUUUGAGAACUUAGAUACUCCAGAUCAAACUAGUACAAUGAGAUACUCAUUGCUACAUGUAUGUCCUCCUAUGGGACCUCCAGAUGUUUUAAAAAGUCAUUCUAAAUUGACAGAUAAAAGUGGAUUUUUAUCUGUAGAUCCUGCUACAUUAAAACAUGUUAAAUAUUCUAAUAUAUAUGGUAUAGGCGAUUGUUUGAAUGCACCCAAUUCUAAAACUAUGGCAGCAGUAGCUGCUCAGGCAAAGGUUCUUUAUAAGAAUAUCAUUGAUGACUUAGCUGGUAAACCAAUGACAAUGGUAUAUACAGGAUAUGCUUCUUGUCCACUAGUAACUGGACAAAGUAAAUGUAUAAUGGCUGAAUUUGAUUAUAAAUUACAACCUAUGGAAACGUUUCCUAUAGAUCAAUCCAAAGAACUAUAUUUUAUGUUUUUACUAAAAAAAUAUUUCUUCCCAUUUAUAUAUUGGAAUCUUAUGUUAAAAGGUCUAUGGAAUGGUCCUGAAUUUUUCAGAAAAUGUACAAGUUUUAUGAAAUCUAAGACGACAUAAAAUUAUAUAGUAAUAAUAGUAGGUACUAGUAGAUGAUAGUCAAGGAUUUUUAUACGUGACACGAUAAUUUAAAAAAAAAAUCAAUAUUUUAUUAUGUGUAUAUAUAAAUUAUAUCAUUCUUAUAUUUUUACAUUAUCGAAAAAAAAUAAAAACUUUUAGAUGUUUAUAUUUUGAUCCUAAGAUUGUAAUAUAUUGUACAGAAUAUUAUGUGAAAUAUUAUGUGAAACAGUUAAUAAAAUAUUUUAUUCUUAAUGUUA